AUGAAGAUGACUCAGAUAAUGACAUCAACGAUCACGACGAAUGGGAGCCUCCUGCAGCACCAGCACCCUCAACCCAUCGACUCAGCCAUCAAGCAGCCAAGCAAUAUAACCUACCAUGCACAGCUUAAUGGCUCGAGUGCAGAUAAUAUUUAUGCCCCAUUCACCUCGAAGCUUGAUUGGGAGAUGGCUCGAUGGGCAAAAUUACGAGGUUCAAGCUCAACUGCGUUCUCAGAACUUGUUUCUAUUGAAGGUCUUAGCGAAAAGAUUGGUCUUUCCUUCAAGAAUACACGGGAACUGAACAAGAUCAUCGACGAUGAACUUCCAGGCCGUCCGAAAUUCAAACGCGAUCAGAUUGUCGUUGCUAAUGAAGCGUUUGAUGUCUACUAUCGUGAUAUCAUUGAAUGCAUCAAGGCUCUUUUCAGUGAUCCAAGUUUUGCUGACUUUCUGGUCUUUGCGCCUGAACGCCAUUAUGCCGACGAAGAUGAGACGAUUCGUUUAUAUCAUGAGAUGCAUACUGGAAAAUGGUGGUGGAAUAGUCAGAAACACUUAGAUCACGAGCGCCCUGGUGCUACAAUAAUUCCCAUCAUCAUUUCAUCAGACAAGACUCAAGUUACGAAUGAUAUUCGUCGGAAACCGUCACGCCAGGCACAUGUCCUCCUCGCAUACCUUCCAACUACUCGCCUUGAACACGUUACCAACAAAGCUGCUCGCCGACGGAUGCUUGCCAAUUUAUAUCAUGCUUGUGUGGGACGUGUACUUGCACCACUCACAGCUGCCGGCAUCAAUGGCAUUAAUAUGCGAAGUGGUGAUGGAAUAAUGCGUCGAGGCCAUCCUUUGUUUGCAUGUUUUGCAGGAGACUACCCAGAGCAAGUUUUAGCUACCGGAGUCAAGACAACUCAAUGUCCAAAUUGCGAUGUUCCCUCCGACGAGCUUGGUCUAGCAACUGGUGUCGCAAAUUGGCAACCACGAGACCUUGGUGCAGUACUUGAUGCCCUCUGCGCUCUUGACCAAGGUGGAUUGGCCUUUGUGCGUGCAUGCGCAGAUGCUGGCAUUAAGCCUAUUGUCCACCCAUUCUGGGAGGGACUACCCUUUGUCAAUAUAUUCGAAUCCAUAACUCCUGAUAUUCUGCAUCAACUAUACCAAGGGCUCGUCAAGCAUCUCCUCGCUUGGCUUUCUGAUGCAUGUGGCAGUACGGAGAUUGAUGCACGAUGUCGACGCCUCCCCCCAAAUCACCAUAUUCGACUAUUUACGAAGGGCAUCACAACUCUUUCACGUGUAAGCGGUACAGAACAUAAUCAAAUUUGCCGUUUCUUGCUCGGCAUCAUCAUCGACAUCAGUCUACCUAAUAAUAUGUCUUCCGCUCGACUCCUCCGUGCCGUUCGUGGUCUGCUAGACUUUUUAUAUUUUGCUCAGUACCCAUGUCACAGCUCUGAGACGCUGGUUUUACUUGACGAGGCACUUAACCUUUUCCACGACAACAAGGACAUCUUUAUUGACCUUGGCAUUCGGAAUUCCUUCAACUUGCCAAAACUCCACUUCACAGCUCACUACGCUCACAUGAUUCGAAUGUAUGGCACUACGGACAACUACAAUACUGAAUACACCGAACGCCUUCACAUCGACCUUGCGAAAGAUGCUUAUCGCUCUACAAACCACAAGAAUGAGUUUGGUCAAAUGACGACUUGGCUUGAAUGGAGGGAGAAAAUUUCACGUCACGAGAAAUACAUUCAGUGGAGACUCGUCGAAAACACCACACGUCCGCAUCAUCAGCCCCGUCCCCCAGAAAUGACAUUUCGUCGUACUCAAAUGAUGACAAAGCAUCCUACCAUCAAGGCGGUCACAUUGGACAAGGUCGCAAACGAAUAUGGUGCCACGCACUUUAAUGAAUGUCUCGCACGUUAUGUUGCGAAAGCUACCCUUCCUGUUGACACUACUGUUACGGCCAGGCAGCUCGAAGAUCGAGCAGCUGAUAUACACAUCCCAUUUCAAAGACUACCGGUCUUUCACAAGGUGAAAUGGCUCUUGGAUAAUGUUCGUGGUGAUGGGGAUCCUCCGGUCACAGUCGAUAGUGUCCAUGCACGUCCUGGACGAUCAGGAAAAUUUACAUCCGACAGUGUUGCGCCACGAUUUGAUACCGUGUUCGUUAAUGAUGGCACAGGAUAUCGAAUUGCGCAAGUCCGUAUCAUAUUCUUGAUACCUCCCAAAGCCAUCCCCCAACUUUUCCCGUCCACAUUUCAGCCUCCGAAACAUCUCGCAUACGUCGAAUGGUUCUCUGCCUUCCGUGUACCUGAUCGAGAUCACGGCCUGCACAAGGUCUCGCGUGUCGUUAAAAAUGGAGAACGAAUGGCCAGCAUCAUACCAAUCAGCAAUAUUCGUUGUAGUGCCCAUUUGAUUCCGCAUUUCGGCUCUGUAGCUCCUCGUGAAUGGACCUCUGCUAACGUUCUUGACGAGUGUUCAUCAUUCUAUGUAAAUACAUACUUAGAUCGAUACAGUUUUGCAACACUGCGCUAGUUGCCAAUGAUUAUCAUUAGCUUGCAC